GUUCCCCUCGUCUAAGUAUUUGCGGUGGAGCGGCACCAUUUUCUUGGCUUUCUUGGACGGCAAUCUCCUACGGAUUGACUGGGCGCAGAUGCUGAAGUGAUUACGAGAGAAAUAUCGAAACCGAACGAGGCCUUUGAUCUUGGCAGGAGCACUCGAACAAGGACAAAAAAGCAAUUGGGCUUUUCAGCUCCUCUCGGAAUGUUCAAAGAUUUAGAUCCACACCCGUGAUAUGCGAGCCCCGCCACAAGAGAAUCCGUUUAGAGCUGCAUCAUCCGUCUUCACCUAUCACUAUACUUUGGGUGGCAUUCUGCCUUAUUCUAUUCAAUUGACAUUUACAGCAAGCCAAUUGCAUUGCAUUGAUAACAGCCUUGCACAGACGCUGGUGCAUCAUUGGUCGCCAGCGCCAGACCGUGUGCUUCGGAUGCUACCGGGCUAUGAGCCGUCAGUUAUUCAUCGACAAGCCGAUGAAGCGGGCCGUUGGGUGGGGACAAUCUGCUUUUGUCUCCAGGCGCUGCUAAAGCUGCAAAGCUCAUUAUUGAUUUUGCUUGUUUGGGAAGAAACCAUGUGGUUUGACUGCUGCUGCCUUAUCCAUAACAUCAACUUAGUUCGGAGUGCUACCUUCUACUGCCAUCUCCACUGCCGCAAGCUUGAACAAUGCAGGCAGCAAUAGCCUACAGGUACCAAGAGUACACUUUGCAAAAAC